AUGGCAGCCGUUCAGCGCCCUUCGCCGUCGAUGGAGCACGACGACGACCGCCGCAGCACCAGCGACGACAGCACCGUCCUCCUCCUCCCAGCCUCCAUGCAGACGCUGCUGGACCGUUACACGGAGCGCACCCUCACUCCGGCGGAGCGCACCACACUGGCGAGGGCGGCCCCCAACGUGCGCUGCGAGGCUUUGCGGAUCUUUUUCGAAACCAACGACGCUGCAACUGCCGUAGAGUACGUCCUGCGCCACGGUAACCGCGGCGGCGUCUCCGGCUCCGCCUCGCUGAGGCACAGCGAGAAGGGUGGCAGCAGCAGAAGCACCAACAGCAGCGCCGCGGCUCGUUCGAUGACCGCGUCGACGUCAGCCCCGCGCUCCUCCGCGACAGCAGCAGCCAACAACGGCAACGGCAACCCGCCUGAAACGGCGAGGGCGGCACUCAAGCCCCUCUCCACGAACACCUCCAACUUCCACACGGGCAAGUCCUCCGCGGCCGAGGCGAAGACGGCCAUCAAACUUGUCCUCUCCCCCCCUGUCGUGGACACCGAUCCCUUGCCUCUCUCCGGGGCAGAAAACACCGUAGAGAGUCCUGCGCCAACUCCGUCAAAGCAGGUGUCGAAGCGUCCGCCGUCGCUGUCGGCGGGCGGUGCUGGACACAACAACAGCGGCAGCCGACCACGCCGGAUCAGCGCUGCCCGCCGUGGGGACUCGAUGUGCACUUAUGUGACGGUCUCCUCCAUGUCAGACGGCGAUGACGAAGAUGAGCGCUAUGCCCACGAGGCGGAGGAGGGAGAAGACGAUGCUGAGAGCGAAGACAUGCCCCCCACCGUGACGUUGCGGUCACGGAACUCCCGCACGUCCCUCAACGCCGCUGCUGCGGUGGCGCAGGUGCCUGCAUUGGCGCUGGAUAGCGUGUUGAAGCCGAGCGGCGAGCCGGCCCGCGACAGCAACGUCGCAUCUUCUUCCCCCGUCGUGUCCGCACCGGCGGAGCGGCCCAGCCGAAAGUCGACGACGCCCGCCGCGGGGACCGCCGCUGUCGCCGCCGGGCCUGCGGUGCCGCCCUCCGCUCCCCCUCCCUCAUCAGCGCGCGUCGUCAUCGCUCCGUCGCCGUCGCCGUCGCCCGCCGCUGCCGCUGCUGCUGCUGCUGCUGCGAUCGAUGUGGCCUCCGUCACGGCUUCCAGUCAGCCCCGGAUCAGCGCCCCGCCGCUUCAGCGCAGUGCGGAAGGCAACGAAAGCGAAGCCCGCAAGACGGUCGCUGCGAAGCCUACUGUAGCACCGGUAGCCGCAGAGGCCGAGCCUGCCGCGGCGACUACCGUGCCCCUCCCUCUCUCUCUCCCUCAGCGCAACGCCCACCACCCACAAAAAACUCAACAGCAGCAGCAACACCACGUCGCGUUCACCGAUGCCAAUGCGAUUGCCGUGCUGGACGCCUACCGCAAGAACGGAGCCCGUCCCUUGGGCGACCGCUACGACGUCGGGCUGACGUACACGGAGCUUUCGUGGAGGCCAAGCAGCGCCUCGCCAUCGUGCGCCGCCCCAUCGGAGGGCAGCGGUGGCAACGGUGAUGGGGGUGGUGGCCCGCCAAAGACUGCGAUGGACUGGGCCGCGAUGGUGGCUUCGGUGCGCAGGCCGCACCCCCCCGCUGUCGCCACAACGACGAAGCCGAACACACCGCUGCGGGAGCGCCGCACCGGCACCGCAACGGCCGCCGUUGUUACUGCCGGUGGGACGCUGCGAACUCCGCGUGGCUCGGCCACCACCGCAGCUCAGCGCAGGUCCGCGGCGGCGGAGGCGCCGAUGGUGGUGGUCGGCGCCGGGGGAGCCACCCCGCGUACACCGCAGGACGACAACGUUCCGAAGCGUGCGAGUGGCGGCAGCGGACACCGCAGCAGCAACACGGCGAAGAAGCACGCUGGCCAGCCGUCGUCGCAGUCCCAGCCGACCUCGCAGCGUGGAUCGCGCCGGAAGCGCUUGACAGGCGAGAGCGAUGCACCGACCGGUGCGUCUCCGCUUUCCUCUGCGGGUGCCCAACCAACAGAGGGCUUUACUUCACCAGAGAAGCAAGCGCCGAAUCGUUCUGCCAACGCAUCCCCAAUGAAGCGCGGCGUGGCGUGGGAUGAGACGACGGGGACGUACAUCACGCACCCAAAUCAGCGCCGACGCCAGCUCGCUGCUGCUGCUGCUGCUGCGGCAGUACCCGCAGCGGCUCCUGUUUCCGCUCCUGCUGCGCCGUCCAUCACCGUCGGUGCCGCCGGAACAUCGGCAGCGGCGGCGCCAGAUGUGCUGCACGCGUGCUUCUGUCGAAACGCCUCUGCUGUUGUUGCUGCUGCUGCUCCGGUGGUGGAGGGUGGGGCGCUGACCGCUACGACCCCACGUCCGCAGGUGCUGACACGCACCCCCACGGCUACCGGAGCAGCGAUCCCGAGCACCGUCACGGCAGCCACAGCAGGCGGUGCCUCCUUUGGUCGCUUGUGCUCCUCAGCGCUGCAUCUUCCGAACAGCAACAACAGGAACAGCGCUGCGGCAUCACCGCCGCCGGCAAAGGAGGCGAAAGCGGCGAAGACGCCCCGUACGACACCGGCGCCGAUUGUCACGGCCGCAAGAAAGAAGCACCCCGACAACUCUCCUCCCUCUUCCUCCUCGACGGAUAAUUUCCUGAGAAAGAAGCGCACGGUGUUGACUUCACCAAGGCCCGCGGUGGCGAGUCCCCGCUCGCACACCGCGGCCUCAACUGCUACCGCUGCUGCUCCGACCGCAGCGGAGUACAUGCGUCUUCGCAGCGGAUACCCGGCCAUGCCUGUCCACGACGUCUACCGCGAGGCUGGUGGGACCAUCGCGCUGCAGCGGCAGGCCACGCACUACCCCACCGCUGCUGCCGCUGCCGCCUCCUACUCCUACUCCGCCGUUGAUACGAUGCGGCGAAUCGCCUCUGCCGCUCCCGCACAGCGCCGCGGUGCCGCGGGAGAACCAACCGGCGGGCCCCCGCCACCAGCGGCGUGCGACUUCGACCUCUCCCCCAUCCACUCCCCACGCACGGCCCGCACGCCGCACGGAAGAGGCGGGAUGUCUACUCGUUCCUCCGAUGACGUCGCUGCGGGGAGCGGCGGGCGGGUGUCGGCCCGUGGCCCGCAGCUGCGCCGCGCCGCAUCGGGCCACCAGCUCCCCCUUUCCACUCCCCCCCACAUCCACCACACCAACGCGCGCAACGCGGCGACAGUGCCGGCGGCGCAGUGCGGCGUGUUUGAGCGACUUACGUCGAACUACUACACCGUGUACGCGAGUGCGGUGGCCCUGCAGGCGUCGGUGGUGCCGUCGUCGCCGCGUGGCGGUCCCCACACCGGCAGUGCCGUUCACUCUGCACGACGUCGACCGGUAAGCGCGUCGGCCGGAGGGGCGGAGCGGCGCGCGAGGAGAGGCAACCCCUACCCUGCGAUGCGGGAGGGCUGGCUGAGUAUCGAUGGGAAGCUGCCAGCCCCACGAAAAGGCGGGGCGGACGACGUGGCGGAGGCUGCUGCUCCCGUUGAGAACGCUUUUUCGCGUACGAAUACGUCGCGCUACGUGACCUUGGCGAAGUAG